AUGUUCAGCGGAACGGUGCGCGUAAAGGUGUGCGAGGCGACGGGCCUCAGACCGACCGACUUUCAGAAACGGCACAACAUGACCUUCGGGAAACCUGAUGAUCAGCCGAUAGACCCGUACGUCUCGAUCGACGCCGACGAACACCACCUGGAUCGUUCAAGCACUAAACCCAAAACUUUUGACCCCGUUUGGAAUGAGACCUUUAUACAUGAAGUGCACAAUGUAAUUAGUUUGGGUAUUACAGUGUUUCAUGAUGCUGCCAUACCUCCAGAUGAUUUUGUUGCUAAUUGUACCAUACCUUUUGAAGAUCUGAUGCACCGGGAUAAAGAAGCCACAGAUUUUUGGGUGGACCUAGAACCUCAAGGAAAACUGCAUCUGAAGAUAGAUCUGAAAUGGAAUUCUCAAGGUGGUGGAGCGACAGAAGGACGGGCGACUCGCGGGCGCGAGUUCAAAGAGGGUGCGGGUUUCGCACGUCGACGCGGCGCCUUGCGACGAAGAGUGCAUCAAGUGAAUGGACACAAGUUUAUGGCCACUUUCCUUCGUCAGCCCACAUUCUGCAGCCACUGCCGCGAGUUUAUAUGGGGACUCGGCAAACAAGGCUACCAGUGUCAAGUUUGCACAUGUGUGGUGCAUAAAAGAUGUCACUCGUCUGUCGUCACCAAGUGCCCAGGAAUGAAGGAAGAGCAACACAGUGGCGUGACCGUAUCGAGUGGGCAGCGUUUCAACGUGAAUGUGCCGCACCGUUUCGUCGUUCACUCAUACAAGCGGUUCACGUUCUGCGACCAUUGUGGCUCGCUGCUUUACGGCCUCAUAAAGCAGGGCUUGCAAUGCGAAGUUUGCUCGAUGAAUGUGCAUAAGCGAUGCCAGAAGAACGUAGCGAACAACUGCGGCAUCAACACGAAGAUGAUGGCGGAGAUCCUCAACGAGAUGGGCAUUUCGCCCGACAAGAAUCCGCGCCCUAGGGCGUCUAAGUACCUGAACACAGCUUUAAUGGAAGGCACACCCGAGUUGACUUCAUCAGGGGAUUCGGACAGCAAAGAUCCCAGUGACAAAAAUGAUGAUAAAGGUUUUCAACACCGCAGCGUGUUGUGGGGCUCGCAUUGGACGGACCUACAGGAUAUUUUUGGCAGUUACCAAGGCACGGAUAGCACAGUAAACCUAUGGGAUAACAGUGUUUUGCAACAGAACGAUACGUCUUGGCGCUCGCAUUGGGAUGAUCUGGAGGAAAUAUUCACUUGUUAUGAAGGUGGUGAUGGUGAGGCGGAGGGCAUGCAGGGGAAGGUGUCCCUCGAGGACUUCCACUUCAUAAAGGUGCUUGGCAAGGGCUCAUUCGGGAAAGUCAUGCUCGCUGAGAAGAAGGGCACAGAUGAAGUGUACGCGGUGAAGGUGCUGAAGAAGGACGCCAUCAUCCAGGACGACGACGUGGAGUGCACGCUGACGGAGCGGCGCGUGCUGGCGCUGGCGGCGCGCCACCCGUUCCUCACGGCGCUGCACUGCGCCUUCCAGACGCGCGAGCGCCUCUUCUUCGUCAUGGAGUACGUGGACGGCGGCGACCUCAUGUUCCAGAUACAGCGCGCGCGCAAGUUCGACGAGCCAAGGGCCCGAUUCUAUGCUGCUGAGGUGACGUUAGCCUUGCAGUUUCUUCACUCACACGGCGUCAUUUACCGCGACUUGAAGUUGGACAACAUUCUAUUGGACAGCGAGGGCCAUUGUAAGCUCGCAGACUUUGGCAUGUGCAAGGAGGGUAUACUAGAUGGUGCAACAACCACUACAUUCUGUGGAACUCCGGACUACAUUGCUCCUGAGAUUCUUCAGGAGUUGGAGUAUGGUCCCUCUGUGGACUGGUGGGCUUUGGGAGUGUUACUGUACGAGAUGCUGGCUGGUCAGCCGCCCUUUGAGGCGGACAACGAGGACGAUCUCUUCGAGAGCAUUUUACACGACGAUGUACUUUACCCGGUGUGGCUGUCCAAGGAUGCUGUGUCUAUACUUAAGGGCUUCAUGACCAAGAGCCCGGCGCGGCGGCUGGGUGUGGCGGGCGGCGCGGCCGGCAUCCGCGCGCAUGCGUUCUUCCGCGACAUGGACUGGGACGCGCUGUUGCAGCGCCGCCUGCGCCCGCCCUUCCGCCCUAAAGUGAAGAGUAAGCGCGAGGCGUCCAACUUCGAUGCGGAGUUCACAAAGGAGGAGCCUGUACUGACGCCCGUACCGCCGGACGUUGUACGCGCUAUCAACCAGGAGGAGUUCAGAGGAUUCUCGUUCGUGAACAAGGAUUUCAACCCUCAGCCCGCACACGACAAAACUCCGGUCGCCUGA